AUGCCCAACUAUAUCCGUAUCUUGCACCACGCAUGGCAAGGCCUGGUAAAGGAGGAACGAGAGCUCUUCAGAAGCGAAGCGCACAUCCUCACCCUUAGCCCUGCUGGCAGUCUCCUGCAGAGCGCGGCGCUGCCGGGUGCCCUAGCCGCUGCGGCCGCCUGCCUGCUGCUGGCGCUGAGUGUAGCCUGCCUGCUGCAACGUCGCCGUCGUAAGACGGAAGACCAGCCCGCCGCCUCCGAACAGGGUGCCUACGAGCGCCUGGACUGCAGCCGCUCGCCCAGGGUGUCUAUCUCGGUGGCCGGCCCCAACGACCGCACGCCCUCGCCCACGUCCCGGCGUAGUCUGCGCCGUGGCACCAACGAGCCGCACUUCUAUGGCGGCUGCAUAGCACAAGAGCGUCCGAUCGACUUCGUGGUGCCCACGCUGGCCGGAUCAUCCCUGUGCGGCUCCGCUGCCAGCCUCAUGUCAGAUGCUAGUUCUACAGUCGCUGAACCUUUUGGGCCACCCUGCUCGUCUCCUGGCGAUCCUGGACCCGUCUCACUGCUACCUGUCUCCACUUCUCUGCUGGGUGGCCUGAACCCCGAGUUGUACCGCGUGACAGCGGAAAACGGCGCCGACGACGGUGAAGAGCGCAGCUUCCCCGAGAGCCACCGUGGACGCAUUUGGUUUUCGCUCCAGUACGAGGAUCCCCGCGAGAGCCUCGAGCUGCGUGUGAUCAAGGCACGCAACCUGCCCUCGCGCGUCUGCGGAUCGGUCAACUGCUGCGACCCUUUCGUCAGGAUUCAAAUAUUACCUGACGAGCGGAGAUACCAGCAGACGAAAUUUAAGAAGAAAACUUGCAAUCCCGUCUUCGACGAGACCUACAUAUUCCAGAUCCCUGCUAAGGCCCUGUCGGAACGAGUACUCAAGCUGACGGUGCUCGAUAACGACCGUGGCAAGCGACACAACGUCAUUGGACACGUGCUGUUCCCUCUUCGAGAUCUGGAUCCGCUCUCCGGUGAACGCAUCGUGGCCUGGAGAGACCUGGAAACAACUGUCGAUCUGGCGCCACCGGACCAAGGUGAACUGUUGCUGGGCCUUUGCUACAAGGCUGGCCUCGAGAGGCUCACCGUCACCGUGAUGGAGGCCCGUGGCCUUGUCUCACCUCCGGAUAUGGGGAACCAAGCCUCCCUCGACACUCAGGUGAAGGUGACUUUCCUGCUUGAGAACAAAGUGGUCAAAAGCAAGAAGACGUCUGUGGUCAAGCGAUCAACGGAGCCCAAGUUUAUGGAGUCAUUUGCGUUCCGCCUGGCACCUGCAGGGCUCAGUGCCGCCAGUGUAAUUCUGAAGCUCACCUGCCUGGCACCACCAUACAAAGACCGAUGCCUGGGGCGCGUCGUCCUCGGGUCGUUCAUGUUCGCCCGUGGCCAGGCGCAGCAACACUGGACCGACGCAAUGGCUGCAGCGCCCAAGCAGAUCCACCGCUGGCACCGGCUGUCCUGAAUGCGGCCGCACUCCCCUCUUCCCCCAGUUUCCAUACCCGACGAUGCCGCUGCAAGCAGAUUUGGCGACGGAUCACCCUCGUUGAUGCUGUCAUGCGCCAGAGAGGCCCUACUGGAUGCGUGCUGAAGAAGCGCUCUCAUGUAGUGCCGUCUGAAUUUGUUUGUGACCUGCUUUCAGUGUAACAACAUGGUGCUGUGCGGUCCCUUCUUAACCUCUUCUAGUAUUCCGUGGUGUGUGCGACUUGUCUGUUUAAAGGUGGUCUGUAGUACAGGAGAAGAACCUCUGUGUUAACGCAAACGCUUCAUUCCUCUUGAGUGCACAUCCCAGACAACCGCAUUUCAUACUGUGAAGCACGCCUCACAUGUCCGCUGCGUGUUGAAGCGUUCUUACUACGCCAGUGCAAUACGAUUGUCAAAACAUUAUUAUAACAAGCUAUGACUGUUCUUAUAUAUCGUAAUAGCGGCGAUUUUGGUUGCUUUUCAAAGUAUUCAAGCGUUCCAGAAUCUACACAGACACGCACUAUUUAUGGGGUGUACAGCACCUCGAUAUAUUUUUUCCGUGGCUAUGAUAACCACAAAAGCGGUGGAGAAUGUUUUGCUUCUGACAGAAAAAGGUAGCAUAGUAGUUUCAUAGGGAAACGCAAUAUUUUACUGACCCUCGAGGCGAUGCAUACAAUACUAAACUGCAGACAUGUUGGCAAACUACAGUGUUCACCAUCAACAUCUUAUUCUAUAGCGUCUUGUGGAGCGUCUCACUUUGCCUGAAGCCCUUUCUAAUGUCUCUACAGUCGCUGCUCUUGCUGCUAUUGUUAUCCCGUAACUAUCUCUUGUAAGUAUACCGCCUUGACAAUUCGGGAUGCAACGUCUUCAAAAACCAUUUUUCAGACGUCUGUUCAAAUGUCGAGAGCUUCAUCUCGCGUACGUAAGUAGUGCUUACAUUCAGGCGCAAUGUUGAGAUCAUUUCUAAGUUAGAUGGCUGAAAGAGCUGCCGGAAUUAUAAAAACAUACGACGCUGCUUCCUCAAACAACUGUGCUAGGACCUCGACACUGCUUGAUCUACUGACUCCUCGAGUAGUCUUUUUUUCGUGUGUGUGCGAGUGUUAUUAAUCAUAUCGCGAAUAUGGUGCAUUUCUGCAACUGACAUGGAGCUUAUGGAAUGACAGAAAAAAAUAUUUAAUAUGCUAUGACCCACAAAAACAUUUUAGGUACCACGCUUUACACUGUAGGGUCGAAGCUUAAAAAUACUACUGCGCCUAUCGGUUUGCCCGCAAAAAAAGUAAAAAUAAAGCAGGUCCAAAAAUUGCGAAAGUCCGACGAAAGCAGUCCUUUCAUUAAAUAUCGUUUCAGAUUCCAUAUACAGGAGCGCUGUUCACGAGGCUGAAUACAACUUGAUUUUCUACAGUGCUCCCGUAUGGGGGCUGAAAUUCUUUUAAACUUUAUGACUAUUUCGGUCAAGCCCUGCCGCGCUGGUCUAGGGACUAAGGUACUCGGCUGCUGACCCGCAGGUCGCGGGAUCAAAUCCCGGCUGCGGCGUCUGCAUUUUUGAUGAAGGUGAAAAUACUGUAGGUCUGUGGGCUCAGAAUUCGGUGCAAGUUAAAGAACCCCGAGUGAUCUAAAUUUCCGGAGCCUUCCACUACUGCAUCUGUCAUUUCAGAAGGUGGAUUCGGGGCGUUAAAUCUCACAUAUCAAUCAACUAUUUCCGUCAGUGCUGAGCUUCGCAAUUUUGAUAUGUAUUGUCCCUGCCCAGCCAAGUUGCCCUGAAACUUUGAAUUCAAAAGGAUAAGAAAAAGAAAGACAAUGUAGACGUUACACAGCGUUUUUUUUUUUUUUACUUCGGAGCAGAUCGUAAGCAGCAGCAUCGUCUCCUCAUGAUAGCGAGCAUAAUAUUAGAGAAAACACCUUUACAAUGACAAGUUCCUUUUUUGAAAGAUAAAUAAAAGAACGUUCAUUAGGAGGCCAGUGAGUGAAUGUGAGAGGGUCCCUUACUUCAGUAACCCUCUGGCCUGGACCACCUCCCGGGCCAGGACGACGAGUUGGCGCUGGUCGACCAGAUCCGGCUUGGAGAUCGCAGGCUCCGACGCUUAGCAAAUCAUUUUCUUUUGGUUGGCGAGAGCAUAUGUGCGUACAUGUCUCGCAUGAACAAAGCUGGUAAACGGCUGCGCUCGUGCAUGAUCCGGUGAGAAACAAAGAACGCGCAACUUACUUGGCUUGGCACGCUUCCCUUUUUUAUUUCUCGCAUUCGUCCUCACCACCUGUUACCUGACUGUAGUAUGCUGAUCACCCAGAACUCCGUUAACACAAAUAAAAGGUGCCUCUUUGCGACGUGCCAAUCUGAUGGAACAAUGAGCCACAAGUUUACUCAGCGGUGAAGCUGCGGUGAUGUGUGCUUUUAAGAGAAAGUCUGCGAAUGACUGUACCAAUAUUGCUGCAAGAUGUGUACAGUGCUGGAGGGAGAUGUCCAGAUUGUAUACGUAUUUCUGAAUGUGUAUCCGCACAAGGAAUAUGGUUGUACUGAAUAUUUUGCAGGACUUAUCUGUGCUUAGAAAGACUGUUGGACUUUUGGCUAUCAUUUUGUUGUUGCUCUUAUGGAUGACUCGUUAGGCAGUUUACGAAGGUCACAAUGAAGAACAGACUGGUGACUCGUAUUUCCGAUUCUACCAGGCUCCAUUUCAUACAUAGUGGGAUAAGGUGCGUUGAUAGGACUUCUUGCUGUAGCCGUUUUCGGACGAUGAUAUAGUUCACUGUUUUUCACGAGCCUUACAUAAGAUUUUUCUUUUAGGCUGAAUAAUAUUCGAGAAAAAAAUAGUUACACCUUAAAAUGAAAAAAAAACAAACUGGGUUAUCCUACUGGUAAUAGGUUGGUUUAUGCUAUUCUGGCGUUUAAUUAUUUUUCUUGGCAUGUAAUUUUCCUUGUCGUCCGCCCCUGACGGCAGGUUCGCGCAGCGUUUGCACGAGCACGUGUGACUACGAAACAUGCAUAACUUCGACGACGCUGAGCGCUAAAGUAUGGAAUGGACAAUAGUAGUGUUUGAAAUUUGGCGCUCCAUUUGAGGUAGUGUAUACGGCCAGUGAAGACGCUGAAGUGAUUGCGAAUGAUACUUUAUACCAACAAAAAUGAUCGAACUGUAACUCGCCUCACUUAAGUUCAGCCGGCUCGUGUGCAAGAACGUCUGGAUGCACUUUUUAUCAGCUCUGUAGUGUCCAUAGUUUAGCAGCUGCGGUAUUAAGGAGCAGGCAUUUCCCUCUAAAUUACGUGCGACUUCCUUUUUUUUCUUUUUUGGAAGCAGAGAAUUCGUGACACGGGAGCAGUUAUUGCUACGACAGCUAAAGACGACACACAAGAAAAGAGACGGGGACAGGCACACACUACCAGCGGGCUUUGUUGAAGCAAGAUCCACACAUUUUUAUACCGACGCCAUGCGCAGAUGCACCGUCACAACAACCAAAAAAAUUCAAACCAGAGGAGGAAAAAAUUGAAAUUCAGCGUUGUACAGCGCAAUGGGUGUUUCGCUCACGCACUUGUCACAUGUCUAGUUUUUUUUAAUAAAAAAAAGCUUAUAGCGUGUUGCCAGCCAUUUUAUCUCUACUUCUGCUGAGGAUUUUUGCUCAGUGGAAUCGCGGUUCACAAUGCAGGCAAGCCAAGCAGUGGUCAACAAGGUGACUUUGCCCAUUAUUAAGAUGUCUUUUGUGCUCUCUGAGUCGGUUAUUCAGCCAGCCCCGUGCAGGUUUGGCCGAUGUAGACAUUGCCGCAGGACAGAGCAAUCUCGUACACGGCGUUGUUGGCACACUUCACAAAAUGUUUUCUAUGGUUCUUUAGCUGUUCUUUUUUCCACGCAUCAAACACAAACGAAUAAGCAGCACUUAAUUACGUCCCUUGAUUCACGGAAGGUUCUUUAUCUAGUGCAGCUAGUUUGAUCACUAGUGAUUAAUUGUGGGCUUUGACGCUGACAUCAUUGGGCUCAUUUUGCGAAUGUCCUGCGGCGGCGCAGGUGUUCUCGUGCAUUUACCGUAAUUUUUCAGUAAGUAGCGCACUGCUGUUGAUAAUAUUGCUGCUUUAUACGUCGUCAUACAUCAUGCUUUCACUCUCACAUAAAUUGUCAUUUGACCUUAGUGUCUCUAUCAAAAAACAGGCGAAGAUUGCGUGAGCGAAACCUCCAUGGCACUGUACAUUGCUGAAUUUCAAUUUCUUUCUCGCCUGGUUUGAUUUUUUGUUGUUGUUUUUACGGUGCCCCUGCACAGGAUGUUGAUUUUUAAAGCCGCUUGAAUAAAGCCAGUUGGUAGUUUGCGACUGUCCUGGUCUGUUUCUUCUAGUGCGUCAUGUUUAGCUGCGCUCUCACGAUGGUUUCGAUGUCAAAGCAGCAACUCGCUUAGCAGUCAACUCUUUUGAAGUUGUUUAUUGACUCGGGAUCUCGUUCGGAUUUCUUCGCUGCCUCACCUCGUCAAAAGCGACGUCAGCUCCAUGACUUCCUACGUCCGUGAGAUAUUACGGCUUCAAGACGAAGUAAGAAUUACAUUCACUUGGCGACGAUCCAGAAAGCACCGACCCCUUCAGCUUUUCCGCUGUUAUGACACGAAUGCAGUACCGGUGCGAACGCGUCAACAAAAAAGUAGAGCGGGAAGAUAAGGAGACGCGCGAGGACGAUAGAGUCACCGGAGUAGACGCAAAGAGAGGAAUUUUUUUUUUCGAUCAUUCUUCGGAACAUUUCAUACAGCGCAUUAAGAACUGUUUGAUAAGGGCGAGCUGACAGUGACAUCUAUUUUGCUGUGGAGUUCUACUAAGCACAGGGACGUCGGCAAGAAAGCACGACACUUUUCUUCGGUAUAUGCGUGGCAGCGAUAACAACUGCGCUUUGUUCACGUCACCUGUGCACCACGAUUCCUCUUCGCGCAUAUUUAACCUCUCUUGUCGUGCAAACGAUGUGCAUGAAAUUAAUUAGUUAACAAUUAUAAUAAUUAUAUUAUGAUUGAUGAGCAAAGAGAAGCUGUGAACUAAUAGGCAAGACAAGUUUAUUAACUAAAUUUAUUCGAGUUGCGCAUAGAAUAUUUUUAACUUUCUCUCACUAAUUCAACUGAUAGCAGGCUGGUUCUAAGAUUUUGUAGAGCUACUGCAUCAGAAAGGCGAUUGGCCCUUACUUUGGUCGCAAAUACAACACUCUUAUUCAACUUAAAAUUUUCUCUCCAAGUGAUUGCGGAAGUUUUUUUUUUUAAUUUUUUCCCUACAGUCUAGUUUAUACAUAUAUUCUGGUAUGUACAGUUUUGCUGAAACGGACCUCAAAAGCAUAAAAAAGCAAAAUACACGUCGCAGCUUUGACACGUGUAUAUCUAUCUGCAUGCUGCCAAGCUAAAACAAUCAAUACAGUGCCAGAGAAAGUAUGUUUGCAUCUCAUUCUCUGUGCAUCUGUAAACCUGUCACAGCGACGCGUUAUUAUUCGCCCGCUUUUCUCCCCAUAUUAGAUGUAACAGUAUUUUUCUACAGUGCAAUGGGUUCAGUAAUGACGAAAUUUUCAUUUUUUGUCUCCCAUAUUUCAGCGCAAGAAACCUAAUUUCUCUAGAUGAAUUUGUUUAGGCGAGACGCAUUUCAUCCUAAAGUUCAAAGAACUUUAAAUUUUUUAAAAAUACUGAUGAGUCGACUGGUGAAUAAGCUGCUUCAGUUAGCAUUUCUAGUCAUCUUGAUGAUGGUUUCGUGUGCUCUAUUACUGCGUAUGUAUGGUAGCUUUGAGCAAUAGCUGUUUUAUCUGAUUCGUCAUCACGGCCGGGCCUCCUUGUAUUGUGCGUACUUGUACCGUGAACCCCGCUCCCCCUUCCCAGGAAACAAAAUAUCAUAUACAGAUUUUCUGAAUAUCUUCUUGGACACGAAGCGUAUUCUUUUUGAGACUACGACUCUGCUGUACAAAAUUGAGAGAAUAAACUCUUGUAAUAGAAACUAUUGCCUCUUAUCACGCAAAAGGCUUCCAAUUAAAAUAGAGCAACCAGUAUAAUAGAUACAUAUUUUUGUGAACGUUGUGAUGCUAGCACUGUUAACCUCUAAGCAACCAAAAGGCCGGAUUAAGGUUGUGCACACUGCAAAAAGUGUGAAAGGUGCUCUUCAGAAAAAAAAAACAGUGCACCUUGAGUGAUCAAGUCUCUACUUGUGAGUAGGGACGGUGGAAAAAUAAGUGCUGCGUCGAUGUGCGCGGCAAAUUAGCAGCAAAGCAUCACGUAGUGAACACUUGUAUAACAAUAUCUUCCUCCGGCCUUCGAGCUUGCUUGCAGGCGACGGCUUCCCAACUUUUGCGCACUAAUUCACUGCGUUAUAGCACAAAGUAUCACCAGUGAAGUGUAAAUAUUUACGAUGCUUAACAUUACUGCUACAGAGAUACGCUGUGGACAAUGAUUUGACUCGUUAUAUUGGAAAUUGCAUCUGCACUUUUCUGAAAUAACUCUUCAUAUUACCUCAACGCCUUGUAUUAUCGUCCAACCAAAUAAACACAAUGAAACGGAAA